UUUUUUUUUUUAAAUACAGCGUGGUAAGUUUUUAUGCUGCUUCCUGAACUGUUGUGAAAAAGAUUUGUAUUUUUUUUUGGUGAUCAUAAGAUAUGUAUUUUAUCAGUGAAAUGAGGAAGAUCAUAGAAUAUUUAUUGGCAUUCGAUCAUCAGUAAGUAAGUUUUUACCUGCUUCAUGUUAUAAAUACGUGUUUGAAACAGUUCAAUUUUUGUGAGAUGGGCAUUUAUGUAAAUACAAAACAUAUAGGGUCUCUUAUGUGAAAAUUUAAAACAUGUUGUACAAAACGUAUAGGAAGUAAUUUUAAAUUAAUUAAACUUUGCAAUUAUAGUCUCUCCCCAGAUUCACUCAAGUUGUCAUCUUUAUUUUUUUCUUCCGUUUGUAGAAUUUUCGGGAAGCAGCAUUCAAACAGUAGCUGUAGAAUUGUAGAUUCGAUCCAAACUUUAUUUAGAUUUGGGGUUUUUUCUCCCAAUAUAUUUGUAGAAAAUUAGAAGAAAAAAGAACAAAGUUAGACCCUUUCUGAUUUUUUUUGUUUCGUGUCGGAAUCUUAUUAGAGUGUUGGGUUCUUGUAAGUGUUUGGUUUUGUUUCCACUGUUAAAUAUUAUGGAUAAGAAGAAGGCUGCUGUUCCACUUGUUUGCCAUGGCCAUUCCAGACCUGUUGUUGAUUUGUUCUAUAGUCCAAUCACGCCUGAUGGGUUCUUCCUCAUCAGUGCUAGUAAAGAUUCGCAUCCAAUGUUGAGAAAUGGGGAGACUGCAGAUUGGAUUGGUACAUUCGAAGGUCAUAAAGGUGCAGUGUGGAGUUCUUGCCUUGAUAACAAUGCGUUACGUGCUGCAUCUGCAUCAGCAGACUUCUCAGCGAAACUCUGGGAUGCGUUAACAGGGGAUGUGCUUCAUUCUUUUGAGCACAAGCAUAUCGUUCGAGCAUGUGCUUUCUCAGAGGAUACAAAACGGUUGCUCACAGGAGGGUUUGAGAAGAUUCUCCGUGUUUUUGACCUGAACCGGUUGGAUGCACCUCCUACGGAAGUGGAUAAGUCUCCUGGUUCUGUCAGAACUCUCACAUGGCUUCACAGUGAUCAAACCAUACUAAGUUCUUGCACUGAUAUUGGUGGUGUAAGGCUAUGGGAUGUGAGAAGUGGGAAGAUUAUGCAGACAUUAGAGACUAAGUCUCCUGUCACCAGUGCUGAAGUGAGCCAAGAUGGGCGAUACAUUACUACUGCUGAUGGGUCAACCGUUAAGUUCUGGGACGCUAACCAUUUUGGACUGGUGAAGAGUUAUGAGAUGCCAUGCAACAUUGAGUCUGCGUCGUUGGAGCCAAAAUCUGGUGAGAAGUUUGUUGCUGGUGGUGAGGAUAUGUGGGUCCGUGUGUUUGAUUUCUACACUGGCGAGGAGAUUGGGUGCAACAAGGGACAUCAUGGUCCAGUACACUGCGUGAGGUUUUCACCAACGGGUGAGUCCUACGCCUCGGGGUCUGAAGACGGAACAAUCAGGAUCUGGCAGACAGCACCAAAUCAAGAAGAGAACGAGAAGAGAGUGAAGCAUGGUGUGGAUGAAGUUGCUAAGAAGAUUGAAGGCUUUCACAUCAACAACAAAGAAGCAAAAAACUCAGAGAAACCAUCCUCUGAUGCUUAGCUAAAUCAAUAUGCAGAGAAAAGAAAAAUUGGUUACAUUUAAUUAUCUUUCUUUGUAUGGGGUAUUUUUCGUUAUUAUAUAGGACAUGUUUGCAAUUUAAUAUAUUAAUUUGACAUCGUAUCUGGUAUUUGUUAAUAAUGUUUCCAGACGGAAUACAAAAACUGUGUUAAAAAUGUUAUUUUUCUUUUA